CCAACCUCCAAUAGAAAGACAAUAAACCUUGUUUCUCUCUUUUUUAUCUGUGACUUCAUCGGAAAACUCAAUAUCAAACAAAUGUCAAAAUUUUAGUUUUGUUGUUACUCAUUAUUCAUUCUUAGUAUUUCGGGCAGACGUUGUACGAUAACUAAGUAUUUAUAUUUACGUGUGAAAAAUAGAAAAUACCCAACUCAUUAAAUACAUAAUCACGACAAAAUAGUAACAAACCAUGGGUGAACAAUUUGCACUUACCACUUGGCCUAGACAUCAUAACAUAUUUUACAGAAUCACAAGUAGUGCCAUCAAUUUUGAAGUUAAAGCGCCUGGAAAUGCUGGCAUUGGAUUGUCCAGCAAGGCUGGGCCAACAUGUGACUAUAUUAUUGGCAUUGGCCACAAUCGUCACUCAUGGAUAAAGAAAAUGACAGUGAGAGUAGGAAAGGAGACAGUUGAAACACCAAAUAUAUUGUCACCACAAGAGUACAGAAAAUUUUGGGUGUCUUGGUAUGGAGACAUUCUGCGAUUAGGAAGAGAUGGCGAGACAAAACCUAUUGUAGCAUACAAUUGUAGAAACUCAAACCUAAAGUAUAUUACAUUCUCAGCUAUUGAUGACAAUAGAAACCCUGUACAUUGGAGGAUAGAAUUGCCACCACUUUUAGAAAAGCCACUAUUGAAGCCUGUGACAGGGGGUGAGCUAUACUGGGUACAAGUAGAUGCAGACACACAGUUUCCAGACGGAGCCUUUAUUGGGGGCUAUGAGAAAGAAAAUCUGUAUAUAAUUAGGGCCAAUCAUAGAGGGUCAUUGACUCCAGGCAAGUUUGUGUCCUCUGAGGGCUUGGGCUACAUACCUUGGGGAGGAGAAGCUAAUGUCAAAAGCUUCUUUGAGGUCUUAUGUGGGUACAACUGUACCUGGGUGUCAACUAAACUAGAUAAUAUACCAGUUGGAGCUGUUGUUGCUGGUCAUUCAGAAGAUAGCGGGCAUGAGAGGCUGUAUGUUGGCCGUGCCAGAUAUUUUGAUCACAUCAUUCCAGGAAAAGUUCAACCCUCUCACAAAGUGUGUUACAUAGCAUUUGAUGGUAAGGAAGUAAGUGUAGACAACUAUGAAAUAUUGGUAGUUCCUGAUAAAAAUAGAUCGGCUAAUAAAUUUUUAUUACCUCCUGUGGAUAUGAAUAUUAUGGUUGAGUCAGAAGAUGAAAAUGAUGAUAUUGAUGACCAUUCUAUGAAUUAUGAUAAUUAUGAUGGAUUCUUUUAUGCAGACCCUCUGUAAUUUGUCGGUAUUGUCUUCAAUAAGUUGUUAUUUUAAAAUCAGUUUAUGUCAGUAACUUAUUAGAUUAUAACAUCAGUUUCACAGUGUUAAUAUUUUAACUUGUAAGUGUAUUAUAUUAUUAAACCACUUUGUUUUAUAACUUCUUAAACUCAAUCCACACUCUGUAAAUACUUAACAUUUCAUACUGUAUUUAAACGCAUAGGUUAGGUGUAGCUUUAUUUGUUUAAUUAAUACUAUGCAUUUCAUCCAGCAUUCGGCAAUUUGCGAAAAAAACAGUUACCUUAAAAUUUGCUAAUGUAAGGACAUAACAUGACGUAAUAAAUG